AUGCUGUCACCCUCAUCAUGCUGUCACCCUCAUCAUGCUGUCACCCUCAUCAUGCUGUCACCCUCAUCAUGCUGUCACCCUCAUCAUGCUGUCACCCUCAUCAUGCUGUCACCCUCAUCAUGCUGUCACCCUCAUCAUGCUGUCACGCUCAUCAUGCUGUCACCCUCAUCAUGCUGUCACCCUCAUCAUGCUGUCACCCUCAUCAUGCUGUCACCCUCAUCAUGCUGUCACCCUCAUCAUGCUGUCACCCUCAUCAUGCUGUCACCCUCAUCAUGCUGUCACCCUCAUCAUGCUGUCACCCUCAUCAUGCUGUCACCCUCAUCAUGCUGUCACCCUCAUCAUGCUGUCACCCUCAUCAUGCUGUCACCCUCAUCAUGCUGUCACCCUCAUCAUGCUGUCACCCUCAUCAUGCUGUCACGCUCAUCAUGCUGUCACCCUCAUCAUGCUGUCACCCUCAUUAUGCUGUCACCCUCAUCAUGCUGUCACCCUCAUCAUGCUGUCACCCUCAUCAUGCUGUCACCCUCAUCAUGCUGUCACCCUCAUCAUGCUGUCACCCUCAUCAUGCUGUCACCCUCAUCAUGCUGUCACCCUCAUCAUGCUGUCACGCUCAUCAUGCUGUCACCCUCAUCAUGCUGUCACCCUCAUUAUGCUGUCACCCUCAUCAUGCUGUCACCCUCAUCAUGCUGUCACCCUCAUCAUGCUGUCACCCUCAUCAUGCUGUCACGCUCAUCAUGCUGUCACCCUCAUCAUGCUGUCACCCUCAUCAUGCUGUCACCCUCAUCAUGCUGUCACCCUCAUCAUGCUGUCACCCUCAUCAUGCUGUCACCCUCAUCAUGCUGUCACCCUCAUCAUGCUGUCACGCUCAUCAUGCUGUCACCCUCAUCAUGCUGUCACCCUCAUCAUGCUGUCACCCUCAUCAUGCUGUCACCCUCAUCAUGCUGUCACCCUCAUCAUGCUGUCACCCUCAUCAUGCUGUCACCCUCAUCAUGCUGUCACCCUCAUCAUGCUGUCACCCUCAUCAUGCUGUCACCCUCAUCAUGCUGUCACCCUCAUCAUGCUGUCACCCUCAUCAUGCUGUCACCCUCAUCAUGCUGUCACCCUCAUCAUGCUGUCACCCUCAUCAUGCUGUCACCCUCAUCAUGCUGUCACCCUCAUCAUGCUGUCACCCUCAUCAUGCUGUCACCCUCAUCAUGCUGUCACCCUCAUCAUGCUGUCACCCUCAUCAUGCUGUCACCCUCAUCAUGCUGUCACCCUCAUCAUGCUGUCACGCUCAUCAUGCUGUCACCCUCAUCAUGCUGUCACCCUCAUUAUGCUGUCACCCUCAUCAUGCUGUCACCCUCAUCAUGCUGUCACCCUCAUCAUGCUGUCACCCUCAUCAUGCUGUCACGCUCAUCAUGCUGUCACCCUCAUCAUGCUGUCACCCUCAUCAUGUCAUGCUGUCACCCUCAUCAUGCUGUCACCCUCAUCAUGCUGUCACCCUCAUCAUGCUGUCACCCUCAUCAUGCUGUCACCCUCAUCAUGCUGUCACCCUCAUCAUGCUGUCACCCUCAUCAUGCUGUCACCCUCAUCAUGCUGUCACCCUCAUCAUGCUGUCACCCUCAUCAUGCUGUCACCCUCAUCAUGCUGUCACCCUCAUCAUGCUGUCACCCUCAUCAUGCUGUCACCCUCAUCAUGCUGUCACCCUCAUCAUGCUGUCACCCUCAUCAUGCUGUCACCCUCAUCAUGCUGUCACCCUCAUCAUGCUGUCACCCUCAUCAUGCUGUCACCCUCAUCAUGCUGUCACCCUCAUCAUGCUGUCACCCUCAUCAUGCUGUCACCCUCAUCAUGCUGUCACCCUCAUCAUGCUGUCACCCUCAUCAUGCUGUCACCCUCAUCAUGCUGUCACCCUCAUCAUGCUGUCACCCUCAUCAUGCUGUCACCCUCAUCAUGCUGUCACCCUCAUCAUGCUGUCACCCUCAUCAUGCUGUCACCCUCAUCAUGCUGUCACCCUCAUCAUGCUGUCACCCUCAUCAUGCUGUCACCCUCAUCAUGCUGUCACCCUCAUCAUGCUGUCACCCUCAUCAUGCUGUCACCCUCAUCAUGCUGUCACCCUCAUCAUGCUGUCACCCUCAUCAUGCUGUCACCCUCAUCAUGCUGUCACCCUCAUCAUGCUGUCACCCUCAUCAUGCUGUCACCCUCAUCAUGCUGUCACCCUCAUCAUGCUGUCACCCUCAUCAUGCUGUCACCCUCAUCAUGCUGUCACCCUCAUCAUGCUGUCACCCUCAUCAUCUACAUGCUGUCACCCUCAUCAUGCUGUCACCCUCAUCAUGCUGUCACCCUCAUCAUGCUGUCACCCUCAUCAUGCUGUCACCCUCAUCAUGCUGUCACCCUCAUCAUGCUGUCACCCUCAUCAUGCUGUCACCCUCAUCAUGCUGUCACCCUCAUCAUGCUGUCACCCUCAUCAUGCUGUCACCCUCAUCAUGCUGUCACCCUCAUCAUGCUGUCACCCUCAUCAUGCUGUCACCCUCAUCAUGCUGUCACCCUCAUCAUGCUGUCACCCUCAUCAUGCUGUCACCCUCAUCAUGCUGUCACCCUCAUCAUGCUGUCACCCUCAUCAUGCUGUCACCCUCAUCAUGCUGUCACCCUCAUCAUGCUGUCACCCUCAUCAUGCUGUCACCCUCAUCAUGCUGUCACCCUCAUCAUGCUGUCACCCUCAUCAUGCUGUCACCCUCAUCAUGCUGUCACCCUCAUCAUGCUGUCACCCUCAUCAUGCUGUCACCCUCAUCAUGCUGUCACCCUCAUCAUGCUGUCACCCUCAUCAUGCUGUCACCCUCAUCAUGCUGUCACCCUCAUCAUGCUGUCACCCUCAUCAUGCUGUCACCCUCAUCAUGCUGUCACCCUCAUCAUGCUGUCACCCUCAUCAUGCUGUCACCCUCAUCAUGCUGUCACCCUCAUCAUGCUGUCACCCUCAUCAUGCUGUCACCCUCAUCAUGCUGUCACCCUCAUCAUGCUGUCACCCUCAUCAUGCUGUCACCCUCAUCAUGCUGUCACCCUCAUCAUGCUGUCACCCUCAUCAUGCUGUCACCCUCAUCAUGCUGUCACCCUCAUCAUGCUGUCACCCUCAUCAUGCUGUCACCCUCAUCAUGCUGUCACCCUCAUCAUGCUGUCACCCUCAUCAUGCUGUCACCCUCAUCAUGCUGUCACCCUCAUCAUGCUGUCACCCUCAUCAUGCUGUCACCCUCAUCAUGCUGUCACCCUCAUCAUGCUGUCACCCUCAUCAUGCUGUCACCCUCAUCAUGCUGUCACCCUCAUCAUGCUGUCACCCUCAUCAUGCUGUCACCCUCAUCAUGCUGUCACCCUCAUCAUGCUGUCACCCUCAUCAUGCUGUCACCCUCAUCAUGCUGUCACCCUCAUCAUGCUGUCACCCUCAUCAUGCUGUCACCCUCAUCAUGCUGUCACCCUCAUCAUGCUGUCACCCUCAUCAUGCUGUCACCCUCAUCAUGCUGUCACCCUCAUCAUGCUGUCACCCUCAUCAUGCUGUCACCCUCAUCAUGCUGUCACCCUCAUCAUGCUGUCACCCUCAUCAUGCUGUCACCCUCAUCAUGCUGUCACCCUCAUCAUGCUGUCACCCUCAUCAUGCUGUCACCCUCAUCAUGCUGUCACCCUCAUCAUGCUGUCACCCUCAUCAUGCUGUCACCCUCAUCAUGCUGUCACCCUCAUCAUGCUGUCACCCUCAUCAUGCUGUCACCCUCAUCAUGCUGUCACCCUCAUCAUGCUGUCACCCUCAUCAUGCUGUCACCCUCAUCAUGCUGUCACCCUCAUCAUGCUGUCACCCUCAUCAUGCUGUCACCCUCAUCAUGCUGUCACCCUCAUCAUGCUGUCACCCUCAUCAUGCUGUCACCCUCAUCAUGCUGUCACCCUCAUCAUGCUGUCACCCUCAUCAUGCUGUCACCCUCAUCAUGCUGUCACCCUCAUCAUGCUGUCACCCUCAUCAUGCUGUCACCCUCAUCAUGCUGUCACCCUCAUCAUGCUGUCACCCUCAUCAUGCUGUCACCCUCAUCAUGCUGUCACCCUCAUCAUGCUGUCACCCUCAUCAUGCUGUCACCCUCAUCAUGCUGUCACCCUCAUCAUGCUGUCACCCUCAUCAUGCUGUCACCCUCAUCAUGCUGUCAUCCUAAAAGCACCUCCUUCCUUGCAAACUAUUGCUACCAGCAAUAUUGGGCACAGACGCCCCUACCAUGCAUCCGUGUACCCUCGGCUAGUCUUCAAGUGGGGAGGCGGUAUUGGUAA